CCGCGUCAGUCCGAAUGAUUCCUUCGCGUGAUUACACAGUGUCACUGAUGGGCUGGUGAGGCUCGAUACUUAUAUCAGGCGCCGCCGUUGAAAUCCGUCUCCACUUGUCCUCAGGUUGCGAGAGAGAUGCUUGAUCUUCACGUCCACACUGCCUUUCACAAUUAUACACACCACCCCAUCAUCUCGGACAUCAAUCCGUCCGUGAUACGUCUGCCCCAUGUGCGGUACAGCUGCACGCGGUGCUAGCCACGCAUGUCGCGCGGGCGGUCAUCCGCGGUGCCUUGCUUCUUUGCUUCGACCGCCACUACUUACCUCUUCCUCUUCUCUUCCAUCUUCCGUCUUUCACUCCCGUUCUUCUCCCCUCCCGGCGAGCCUUUAUUCUGUUCGACUUCAUUCGAUCCAAUUCACGUCCGUGGCUCUAUCUCCGGCUCUCGUUGUCCUCAGAGUAAACACAUUCCAAGAUCAUGAGUCCUGUCCCUCUUCCCUCAGCGCUCGCCGCCACGGACAUGCUCACCCGGGUCACCCCAAUCUCCAAUACCAUCUCCGACUCCGCGAUAACAACAACAAUCGCGUCCUCCUCCUCCUCCUCCCUUGAGCUGCGGCUGUUCCUGGCGGGCUGCACUUUCAUGACGGCCUGUGUCUUGGUGACGAUGUGGGAGAGUUUCUGGUUCAUGCGGGCGAAUCCAGAUUUUGAUGGAGAGACCAUGGGGUGUACUUGAAUUUCCUUGGUGUGUAUAAUAGUAAAUGGCAUGCGAUGUAAUGUUAGGCUCUGUCGCUGUGUACAAAUCCUCCGGAAUGGAAUAGAUAUACUUAUUGAUAUCGAGAAUGUACCCAUACAGCGAGAAAACCGACAUCGUAAAUUUUGGUAAGGCAUCCAACCCAUCACGAUCAUCAAUGUUUGCGGGACUUGAAGUAGCCGUGAGUGACGUUGCACGGUUGCAGCACACACUCCGGGCACCGAGUUGUC